CAGGAAGUCGGUGUCAUUCGCGCGGCUGUUCAUUCGAAACUCAAACUUUCGAGCUGAAAAUCAAAGUAAAGUUUCAGUGAGUUGUGCGUCGUAGAGGUCAGCCUUGUGAAGGAAUAUAGCAGUCAGCAAAAAGGUAUUCACUAGGUUGGUAAGUUGAUUGAAAUGCUUGUACUGGUAACCAGCCUUACAGCAUAGAAAUGGCUCAAGUUCGUGCCAUUGUUGUUCUUACCAUCUUCAACACUAUGAUGGCUCAUUGGGGUCGGUGGAAAGAGGGAUUUUUAUUUUUCUUAACCAUGAUACACAAACAGACGAUACAUGGCGCUUCUGGCGUAAAAACAUUCAGAGUUCACCACCAAAAACGGAAUUACACAGACGCAGACAAAGCAUGUAAAACAAAAAACCAAAGUGACCAUCUCGCAAAAAUUAGAAACGCUGACGACCUCCAGUUGGCUAAGAAUAUAUCAAAUACCACUAACGGCAUGAAAUAUUGGACGAGUCUCCAUGUCUGGAUUGGCGAUUGGAAAUGGAGUGAUAACAAUACGGCUGGUAUACAACUUAUAGACGUUGUGAACAAUUUUAAUCGUACAGAAGCACAGUCUAAGGAACCUAGGAAGUUAUGCUGUAUGGUAACCCAUGAUACUCUCCUGGAGUGCACUAACUGUAGUGAGGAGCACGCCUUUAUAUGUGAAGAUUUCCAAGAGAGUAAUUUUACUCAAGUGGACACUAAUUCGAGCUGCGUUCCAGCAUUUCCUCCAGUCGAACCAUCUGCAAGAAACGCUUCUUGUAUAUUUUAUGAGUAUAAAGACACAUUUUGCAAGGACAUAAUCACAAGUCUGUAUGUUUAUGGUAACCAAAGUACAUUGGAUUAUGGUGAAAAGGAAACAAACACCUUUGGUGGCUACUUCAAAUUGUUUGAUAUCUCUCCGAAGUGUAGACCUGUAAUGAGAAAUUUGCACUGUCGCUAUCACUUUCCGGCGUGUGAUGAAACAUUGGACGAGCCUAAAGAUCGCGGGCUAUGUCGCAGCUCAUGCUUGUAUUUGAUGCAAGAUGUUUGUAAGUCAGAGAUGAAGUUUCUCAUUGGAGCAUCAAAGGAGGCUCCAGUGUUCGACCAGAAAUUGAUAAAUUGCUCACUAUAUAAGCCGGCUAAUGGUGGAGAUGCUCCUGAGUGCUAUGGGUGGCCAGAUAUCCCUGGUGAUGACACAAAAACCACAGAUUGUUACUAUGGAGUGGGUGUUGGUUACCGUGGAAAUGUGAACGUCACCCGAUCUGGUCGUACAUGUCAGUCUUGGAAAUCCCAGUGUCCUCAUCGUCACUGGCGGAUCCCUAAAGACGUCGCCAAAUCCAAAAAUGACUCGAACCUGUGUCGUAACCCGGAUAGCAGUGCCCCAGAUGGACCGUGGUGUUAUACCACAGACCCAAACGUCCGAUGGGAAUAUUGCAACGUAUCUCGUUGUCCUCCAAGAGAAUUACCGCCACCUCCGAGACGCUUCACAGUAGAGAAUGUUCAGACAAGAUAUUUUAUUUUGACUUGGAAUGAGCCAGAAAAUGCCAGCCUUUACCAAAUACAAAACUACACUGUAGAAAGGAGGACAUCAAGAUCGGAAAACUUUAUAUUAGUGAAGACAGUUCCGUACCCUGAUACCCAAAUGAUUUUGGAGAACUUAGAUCCCUCCACAGAAUACACCAUCAGAUUAUCAAGCAACAAUAUGUAUGGAAGGUCAGAGGGUGUAUUAGUAACACAGAGGACACUACCUGGCAAAUUUAUUAGGAAAUUGAUGCUGCAAAUAGUAUUGCCACUGAGCUUAGCAUCUUUAUUUGUUGUGGUCGUUUGCAUCAAGUAUGGACCUAUUAGAAAUUCAAAGCGUGGCAAAGUGUAUUCUGAGAAUCAGACACCGCUUUCCACUCUUUGCCACUGGGUUGAGAUUCCCAGAACAAAUGUUACACUACAAGAGAAGUUGGGGGAAGGUGCCUUCGGAGAAGUGUACAAAGGAGUGGUGCGCAUGGGCGGACAAGUCAGGGCAUGCGCAAUAAAGACUGUUAAAGAGAAUGCCAGAGAAAGGGAAAGGAAAGACUUAAUAAACGAGCUUCAAAUCAUGGUCACAGUUGGUGAUCAUCCCAAUGUCGUAAGCCUUAUUGGAGCUUGCACAAAGUCUGGGUCAAUUUUAGUGAUUGUUCGUCUGGCUCCAAAUGGCUGCUUGUUGAACCAACUGAAGAACAGAGAAAAUCCAUACGAAGAUGAUACGGAAAGACAAGUCGGUUUCACACGCGUCGACAAAGUGAGGAUUGCAAGAGACGUGGCCUGUGGAAUGUCUCACCUCGCCAGCAAAAAGUGUGUUCAUCGAGACCUCGCGGCAAGAAACGUGCUUCUUGGCGACAGGAAUGUCGCCAUGGUUUCUGAUUUCGGCAUGUCACGUGAUGUGUACGAGAGUGGUGAAUACGAAACUCUUUGCCGGGGAAUGUUACCAGUUCGUUGGAUGGCUCUUGAGUCUCUGGAGGAUUUAGUGUACAAUACAAAGACAGACGUGUGGUCGUUUGGAGUUUUAUUGUGGGAGAUCGAAUCUAGAGGUAAAAUGCCGUAUACCGGUCUUAUAGCCAGGGAAAUUGUCGAAUUCUUGAGGAAAGGAAAAAAAUUAUCAAAGCCGGAAGGAUGCCCGAAUGAAAUUUAUGAUUUGAUGAGGUCUUGCUGGAAUCUGGAUCCGGCUGAACGUCCUUCAUUUGCACAUCUUUUGACGCGUCUUGAGGAAGAACUUACUAAAAACAAAGCGGAUGUCCAGGAGGAUAUUUGAACCGUAGUUCAAGGGUAGUCUGCAUUUCACGCAGACUAUUUACAACUACUAGGCUUAUCCCUUUGAGGAUACAUUGAAGGAAUAAUUUUAAAAUUAAUCAGUCCGCGUUUUCAUAAACAUUGUCAUGAAACAUUAUAUUUGUGAAUACUGUGUUUGGUAUUUCGCGCAGAAUAUUUACAUAGUUUCGUGAAAGUAUAUGCCUCCAUUGCGUAAACGUUAUAUGAAAAGUUCGCCAAAAGAUAUUGUAACGAGCAGAGGGAGAGAUCAGAGCCACGAUUGUUUGAAGAAGUGACGUUUGAACUGUAAUUAACCGGGAACUGAAGGACUGAUAGAUACAAAUUGUAAGUAUUAUCGUUUUGCGCCCUCGCGUUCGCAAACGUAUGCUACUGUAACUUUUUUUCUCAUAAUUUUUAUAAUUUCAGUUGACUGUAUACAUAUAGAUAUAUGUUCGAUCAGAUCGGAUAGAGUGCAAUAAAAUUCUCGAAUCCUUGA